AUAAGGUCUCGACGACUGGUAUCUCCAGUAGUGUAACGUAAUGCACGAAAGGUACCUAAGUUCCUCGUGCGUUGGUGAAGCUCCAUAUCAUACACUGUGCGCCCCGUUUCAAUUCUGCGGUGGACACAUCGGGCUCCGUUCCUCCACCCAGUGUUCCCGUCGUUCCCACUGCACCGGGACCAGCCAGUGGCAAAACCUGACAGACGGGUUUUCCUCGCCCGCUGUUCGGCUUCUCAGCAAAUCUUAGCGUCUCGUUCAAUCAUAGAUUGUUUUGGCCAUAAUAAAUCAGGCACCGAGCAGUUAACAGCGCUACGCAUUGAUAAGCGAUGGCCACCUGCUGGAUUUCUCCCCGUAGCGUUCCCUUAUUAAAAGCUGGUUGACCGGCGUUGCUUCC